UCGCUCUCUCUCUCUCUCUAUCUCUCUCAUAUAAACGAUAUCAUUCCUUGGAAAUCCAGAAUUUUCUCACCUCCCAAACACUCCUCUCUCUCUACACUGAGACUUCAAAUGAUGAGCUCUAAAAUAGAUUAUAGAAACGGUCCCGAUGGUUACAAUUCUCGACCUUUGUGGUGGCUAGAUGCUCCCACAACUUUCGCCAUCUCAAAAGAAGACAAAGUAAAUUGGGCUCGGCCUAACGAACCUAACGGGUUGGUUGACAAUGGGCCACAGCCCAAUACAAGCACCAAGGAAGUGCAAGAAACUAUGACUCCACCUCCAUAUGGAGAAUCAAUAGUAGCACGUCAGAGUAAAGAUGCAUCCAUUGUUCUUCCAUUGAUGAAUAAUGAACACUAUCAGGCUUCUACUUAUGAGACAAUACCUACAUCCUACCGAUACAAAGACGUUUACUAUGGACAACUGAUGCCUCUAUUUGGAUUCCAAACAUUGCAUAAUUCAGAAUAUACUAGAAUGACUUUGCCUCUAGCAACGGUUGAAGAACCUGUUUACGUGAAUGCUAAACAGUACCAUGGAAUACUACGUCGACGACAAUCCCGAGCCAAGGCCGAGAUCUUAAACAAGAUAUCUAGAUCACAAAAAAAGCCCUAUCUUCACGAGUCGAGACACCUACAUGCCAUGAGAAGGGAAAGGGGCUGCAGAGGCCGUUUCAUAAGCAAGAAGAAGACGGCAGAACCUAUAGCUUCAAUGGCUGAUGAUGGCAAAGGCAGCAACAUGUCCAGCAAUUGCUAUCAAGGUUCCGAACUACAUCUAUCUGCAUAUAUAUGAUCGGCUAAGAGGUAAGGGUUUGAAAACAGCUUCUCCCAUUUCUUUCGGUACUUCGAAAGAUGAACUCGGAAUAUACACAUUAGUACCUGUCUACCUUAAUAAUUAGCACAUACUUUUUUUCUUUAAAGUCAGAAGUUCAAAUGUGUAAAUGUCGACCGUGGAGGUUUAAAAAGUAUAUGAAAUCAA